AUGGCUGAUGGUGAGGACAUCCAGCCUCUUGUUUGUGACAAUGGAACCGGAAUGGUCAAGGCUGGUUUCGCCGGAGAUGAUGCACCAAGGGCUGUUUUCCCUAGCAUAGUUGGCCGCCCUCGGCACACUGGUGUUAUGGUAGGAAUGGGACAGAAGGAUGCCUAUGUUGGUGAUGAGGCACAGUCCAAGAGAGGUAUCCUCACGCUGAAAUACCCAAUCGAGCAUGGUAUUGUGAGCAACUGGGAUGACAUGGAGAAGAUCUGGCAUCACACUUUCUACAAUGAGCUCCGUGUGGCGCCAGAGGAGCACCCUGUGUUGCUUACUGAGGCUCCUCUGAACCCAAAGGCCAACAGAGAGAAGAUGACCCAGAUUAUGUUUGAGACAUUCAAUGUUCCUGCCAUGUAUGUUGCAAUUCAGGCGGUGCUCUCCCUCUAUGCAAGUGGUCGUACUCCUGGUAUUGUUCUCGACUCUGGUGACGGUGUCAGCCACAUAGUGCCCAUUUACGAAGGAUACGCGCUUCCUCGCGCCAUUCUUCGUUUGGAUCUUGCUGGCCGGGAUCUCACGGAUUCUCUUAUGAAGAUUCUCACCGAGAGAGGCUACUCCUUGACAACCUCAGCCGAGCGGGAAAUUGUAAGGGAGAAGCUUGCAUACGUUGCCCUUGAUUAUGAACAGGAGCUGGAAACUGCCAAGAACAGCUCCUCAGUUGAGAAAAGCUACGAGCUGCCUGACGGUCAAGUUAUCACGAUUGGCGCAGAGAGGUUCAGGUGUCCUGAGGUCCUCUUCCAGCCAUCCAUGAUCGAAGGACGAGUAUGA